AUGGAGAACGCCCUAACUGGACAUUGCCCGUCUCCCUUCCUGCAGGAGACACUAUUCCCCGCCGCCGGGGGAUUUAUCGAUGGUCGUUAUUGCCAGAAGGUCACUCUCGGCAACAGCACUUUGUCCUGUUGCUUGCCAUGUCCUCUUGCCGAGUGGAGAUAUGACUCUGACUUGGGAAAUACAAUUCAUGCCACGAGUUGGAUCAGUGUCGCCAUUCUCCCUCUUUGUAUCUUCUUGCUGAUUUCCUACGCCGUACUACCUGUCAAAUGGACUCACCGUCAUUAUCUGAGCCUCGCCUUCAUCAUCCCGCUCGGCGCCAAACCAGACCAAUGCCACAAUGCAAUCACCCCCAAUGAUAUGCGCUCCGACCUUUCCUGCGCCUUCUCCGGAUCUUUGCUGUUAUUUGGGGGCUGGCUAGUGGUCAUAUGGAGUUUCAUCCGCACAAUGGCUUUCCACUUACAAGUAUGCUGGGAAAAAGUUCUGGGACCGAAGUUCAUGUGGGCAGCCUUUGUCUGCGGAUUCGGAAUCCCAGCAAUCGGACUGACGGUUAUGCUGAUCUUAACGGGAGUGUCAUUCCGAUUCGGCGAUAUCUGCCAUAUUAACGUAAACAACGGACUAUACGACUACUGGAUCCCAGUCAUGGUUUUCGCCGUCGCAGCUCUCUUCUUCCAACUAUCAACAAUGAUCUACUGCAUCCACAUCUACCUCCGCUCCCUCUUCGACAAAUCCGCCUCAACAUCAGGCAGCUCCGGCGCGAACCUCCCGUCGUAUACGGCUAGCAUCGGCACCGUGACAGCCCGACAAGCCUACCGGCGUGUGCGCCGCGUCCUUAAACUCCAAUGGCGUGGUAUCGCCCUCACAUCGAUCAUCCUCGGCAACGUAAUCUUCUUCGCAGUCGUCUUCAUCAACCUCGACAACGCCGUCGCGCCAACCGCAGAAAACGUCAAAACCGCAGGCCCUUGGCUAAUGUGCCUUGCUGAAACCGGCAACAAGGACCUCUGCCGCGAAUACGCCUCAGCCAUCGGUCCCAACGAAGCAACCCUACUAGCAGUCGUGUUUUUGCUCUCGCUCGUCGGCUUCUGGAACUUCAUCCUCUUCGCCCGUCCAUCCAUGUUCGCCGGCUGGCUGGAUCUAUUCCACCGCAAAGUGACACGUCGCCACGAGUUCGUCUCCGCGGAUGCGACCACCCGCUACGCCGACAACAAGGGCUUCGAAAUGCUGACUACAUCCGUGAAAUCACCCGAUGCGUUCAUGCGAUCGCCAAGCCCUUCCCGAACAGGACCAGACCGCAACGCUUUCAUGCGCUCACCGAGCCCUACACAAAUGGGCGGGUCUGAUCGCAGCGCUUUCAUGCCCUCGCCGACGCCUACGCAGACGAGUGGAUACGGCCGCAGUCCGGUUGCCAGCCCCAGUCUCAGGCUCCGAGCGCAAUACUGUUACUCGUGA